AAUACCGAAAGUGUGUGGUGGCGGCGGCGGCGGCUGGCAGGGAAACAAAUGGCCAAUAAUAAUUUCCUUCACACCACCGCCGCCGCGUUCAUGUGCGUUUCUCCGUUUUUCCACCGCAAAUGAAACAGCAGCAUGCACUUUGGUAGAUGAAGGCGAGCGAGAGAACGAGAAAGAGGUUGAAGAGUGAUGCGUGCCUAGUGGUCUCGCUCACGCACAACAGACACGUAUGUGGGCCUUUGUACGCGCGAGCGGGAAGAUGAGGCUGCUGCUGCUGCGCAACAGAGAGCAAGCGAUUCGCUCUCUAUCUACGCGUUCUGUUUUUUUGGAGCUACAGCAAAAGCGGGAGAAUGAAAGAGAGAGAAAGAAUGAGAAAGCGAUACGGACAGCAGCAGCAGCAUCAGCGGACGAAAUGUUAGGUUAGCUUUUGACAUUUCCGAAAAGAAUCAUUACAACAAGGCACCUUGCUUGAAAUUUGGUGAACUUUUUUUCUUCCCGUGUGUAUACUGGCAAUGAGCUUCCCACUGUUAAUCCAGCCUCCUUACCAAACAGUGGCAAGCGAAUGAUACUAAAAACAUUGAACGAUUGAAACACGCACCGCAUUGUUGGACUGGGCAGCAACAGCCAAUCCGUUUGCAAACGAUUAGUACGUACAUCGAUGGAUGAGCCAGUUUCACGUGCCAGCCGUACCGGUGGUGCUGCCUGCAGACAACGGACCGAUGAAUCUGGCUGGGGGCACGCACGGCAAUGAUAACGCGCGGCAGCAGCAGUGUGAAAGUGAAUGAAAACAAUCGCAAGCAAACGCAUCAUAUGAGCAAUAUUUUAGAUAAUAAUAAUAAUAAUGUCGUACCGGCAAAGUGCAGUGCUGCUGAGGGAUCGUAUUACUAGUAUUUAGACAGUUGUGGCCGCAGCUUAUCGCUGUUUCCGCGCAAGUAUCUCCUCCGAUUGCGUGUGUGAAAGUGGACGAGACACGAACGGGAUGUCCGUUCCGAUGUGUGAAAUAUGUGUGUACUGUGCGUUUGUAUUGUAAGGACAGCUUGUGUACGGUUCGGAUACGAUUGAUUGAUCGUUGUGCAUUUAAAGAUCGUUCGAUCGGUCAGAGGGAAAGAGAGAGAGAGGGAGAGACUGCUGUGUAGUGAAGUGAUGAGGCAAGAGAAGUGCAGCGAGCUGUAAUGGUGGUUUGGCGGUACGUAAACACCGGCUACACACAAAGAUCGCGACAGUGGCGGCAAGGAGUCCGUUGACGUCGACCUGUUUUGUUGCACCAUAAAGCAAACGACAACACAAAAAGCGCCCAGGCACGCGAAAGGGAGUGUGAGAAAGAGAGACAGCGAAAGUAGGACCUGCGUGCGUAGCUUGUUGCACUAACGCGCAGUAGUAUGACACACAACCUGGGCAUGGCGUCGUACCGGCUACCAGGACCCGGACUCUGUCCGCCAGAUUUCAAAUCGCCCUCGGAAUCGCCGCAGCUCCCGAUAUCAGCCCCGAGCAAUCCGAAGAAGCGAAGGAAAACGUCGAACGUGGUAAACUCGAACGCGGUGACGUCGCAGCCGACGCCGACCCCGUCCCCCCAGGACCUGCUACCACCGCCCCCGACCGGGUACGGCGACACGAUAGUGGCCUCGAACCCGUUCGAUGAUACGCCACCGCCAACGCCUGCCUCGCACAUGGGCCACAUGGGCCAUCCACACGGCGGCCCCGGCCACGGGCCGGGCCCGGGCAUGAUGGGUCAUCUCGGGGGCGGUGCGAUGGGCCACGGUGGCCCGAUGGGCCCGAUGAACCACAUGGGUGGGCCGAUGCACGGCGGCCCCGGUCACCAUAUGGGCCCGGGGCCGAUGGGUGGUCAUCCGCACGGGCCACCGCACGGCGGACCGAUGGGCGGCGGGAUGGGCCCGCACGGCAUGGGUCCGCACGGAAUGGGACCGCACCAUGGGCCGGGCCAUGGGUCGCCGCAUCCGGGCAUGGGCCCGGGCGGCCCGCCGCACGGCCCGCCAGGCAUGGUGGGCGGGCCGGGAGGACCGGGCGGACCACCGCAGGGACCGCCGAUGCGGGGCAUGAGCCCGAUGGGCAUGGGCAGCCCGAUGGGACACCACCAUCCCGGCAUGCACCUGAACUCGGGCAUGGGCCAGAUGGGCGGCAUGCCGCACGGGAUGCAGCGCGGCGGCAUGAGCCCGAUGGGCGGACCGGGUGCGCAGAUGGGUGGCCUUAGUCCGAUGGGUGGUGCCAUGAACCAGAGCAUGUCGCCGAUGGGUCCGAUGGGAGGCAUGUCCCCGAUGAGCCAGCAGCAGCAACAGCAGCAGCAGCAGCAGCAGCAACAGAUGAACAGCAAAUCGGUGGGAAGUCCGCUGAGUGCCGGCAACAUUGGCAGCCCGAUGAACUCGUUGCCGGGGAUGGGUUCGCCCCAUGCCGGCGGGGGCCAGGGAGGAGGCGGCGGCGGUGGAGGAGGAGGAGGAGCAGGUGGCGGAAUGCUCGGCAGUCCGAUGAACACGAGCGGGGGCCACCUGAACAACGGGCCGAUGGGUCCGCCGAUGAACAGCCCGCUCGGGAACGGCCCGCCGAACCAUGUGCCACUCGGGCCGAACUCGGCCGGUCACAGCCAAACGCCGCAGCCGGUGUCCGCCGCGAACGUGACCGUCGGCGGCCAGACGUCACCGAACGUGGCGAUGAGCGGUGGACCGGGCGGCAUGAACAGUAGCAACAGUAGGAUGAACCUACCGAACGGUGCAAUGACAAAUCAGCAAUCAGGGAACUUAAAUCAAUUACCUCAUCAACUCGGACCCAUGGGUGCGAACCAGCAGCAGCAGCAGCAGCAGGGCGGUGGCGGUGGUGGCCCGCAGCAGAACAGUAGUCAAGGGCCUAGUAAUCAGCAGCCCGGUGGCGGCGGCGGCCAGCAAGGGCCGGCGUCUCAGGGACCGCCAGGCAGCCAGGGACCGGCCGGCCAACAGUCACAACCGCUACAGCCUCAUCCGCCGCCGCACGGUGGCCAGCAUCAGCAGCUGCCGCUGCCCCAGCAGUCACCCCACGCUCAACACAACCCGGGUGGCCCGGGUAGCGGCGGUCCCGGUGGCCCGGCGGCCGGGCAGCAGCAGAUGAGUCCCAUGAUGGGUCCGGGUGGUGGUGGACCACCGAUGGGUAACAGCAUGGGCGGCCCGAUGGGUGGCGGCAUGAUGGGCGGUCCCGGCGGUCCGGCCAACUCGAUGGGAGGAGGAGGAGGCGGCGGCGGUGGUGGCAUGAAUCAUCAUCCGCACCAUCACCAUCAUCAUCAUCACGCGGGCAAUCAUCAGGGAGGCAAUCCGCACAUGGGCUCCGGCAUGGGCGGUGCGAACAAUAUGCACCAUCACAUGGGUGGCGGCGGAGGUGGCGGAGCAGGAGGAGGAGGCGGUGGUGGCGGCUUAAUGCCACCGCACGGGAACCUGCCACCGGGCGUAGCGCCCCACAGGCCCCCGAUGCACGGUGGAAUGGGCGGCGGCGGCAUGGGCCCGGGCGGCAUGAUGGGCGGACCGCCGAUGGGUGGUCCAAUGGGUGGCCAUAUGGGAGGUGGAGGAAUGGUGGGCGGCGGCGGAAUGGUCGGUGGCAGUCCGAUGCAGUCGCCCCACAUGAUGGGGGGCGGCGGCGGCGGCGGCCCGGGCGGUGGACCGAUGGGUGGCGGCGGCCCGAUGGGCGGACCGAUGGGCGGACUGGGACCGCCGGGCAAUGGGCCGAACGGGCCGAACCAUCACCACCACAUGGGCAUGUUCGGUCCGAAGCCGAUGCCCGUCACCUCCGGCAAGCUGUACCCGCCCGACCAGUCGAAAGUGUUCAACCCGCAGAACCCGAACGCCCCGCCAAUCUACCCCUGCGGAGGAUGCCAUAAGGAGGUGCAUGACAACGACCAGGGCAUCCUGUGCGAAUCUGGAUGUAACUUUUGGUUUCAUCGGACGUGCAGCGGACUGACGGAGGCGGCCUUCAACCUAAUACACGCGGAAGUGUACGCCGAAUGGUGCUGCGACAAGUGUCUCAACUCCAAAAACAUACCACUGGUGAAGUUCAAACCGUAGUAGAAGCGAGCCCGUAGCUCGGCCGCAGGACGCUGCACCGCACAGCGCAGGGCCUGAGCCACGUCCAGCACUGCUUACCUAAGUGACAACCACCUGCACCACCACCACCACCAGUACCAUGUCUCUUCCCAUUUCCUUUGAAUCGAGUGGCUGAAGCUCUGGCAGGGGGAAAGGAAAGUGGCAGCAGCAACGGCGACGGCUCGACAAAUCGUUUCCCUCGCCUGCUUCUCCUGUGUUGUUAGAUUUAAGUGGGGACAGGGACAAGGGAACAGCGACAGAAGAAAGGGGAAGGGGCAGAGAGGUCGAGAGCCAUUCGCUUUUGAAAAGCGGCACCUAGAGUGUGUGCGUGUGAGUGUACAGAGAGGUGCUUCGGGAGAUAGGAACUAGGAAAAGGGGAAAAGAGGACUAGCGACGCGCCAGAUGGAUGGGUUGGGUCCGUGUGUGCGCGUGUAUGUGUGUGUGUGUGUAUCAUCUUUGUGUCCGCUGCUUUUAGAAAGACUGGAGGAACCGAAAUGGGGAAACUGCUGGCACAUUAACUAAGACGAACUUGACGAAUCACGAGUGCUUUUCAGUUUAGUGAAUUUGAACGAUUCUUGACACACAAACACACACACACAACAAACGGUUCCUUUUUUAAUAUGACUGACCAAGGAUCAGCAGCAAUGUUUGGUGCGCAACCCUAAUUUAGCUAGGAUGGGUGGGCUUUUGCUUCGUUAAAUUAUAAUGCAAAUUGGGCGAAAACGUAAGGGUUUACUGUGUGAAAAAGGGGAUAAAAACAAUGUUUGAGAUUACUGUCCCGAAUGGAGGAGUCCUGCUUGUAAACACUUGCCAUAUCCUUGUUAUCGUUGGCUCAAAAGAGGACACAAACAAACACACACACAUAUAUACACGAUUCACACGCAUCCAAUUCCAUCCUCGAUGUUAUUUGUAACCAGGAAAGGUUGCGUUAUGGAACUCCUUCUUUAAAGCUUUUGAGUGAGAUUGACAGUUGUACAGAACAGAAGAAAAAAACAAACAAACAACAAACCCAAAACACAUACACACACACAACAUGUUGGAGUAGCUGUCGAUAUAGGCAAACAUUCACUCACCAACAAAAAAGUACACACACACAACCAUACCCACAAAGAACUCAUAUAACAACGAUACCACGAUGUUGUGUAACCCGCAAUGUGUGUUGUGUGUGUGCAACAAAACAACAAAAACGGGGGGAUCUGUACAGAAACAAACGUGCGCUUGUGGGGCUAGUGCGAUUGGGGACACGGGCGAUGGUUGUGUAAAUGGUGUUAAAAGGAAAAGGGAAAAGAUUAACAAAAAACCCGCUAGCCAAGAGAAUUACGUGUAGCAAAAGCAAGCAAGCAAGCAAACAAACAAGAAAGUAAAGUGAAUGAGUGAGUGAGUGAGAGUGUGUGUGUGUGUAAAAGUAAUAAAUGAAAUCAAAAAUGGCCUUCUCAAAUAUAUUGCAAAUAUUAUAUAAUGAUUUAUACAUAAAUACAUAGACUUUAAUGUAGCAGCUUAGGGGACAAAAGAGAAAGAAGGAGAGAGAGAAAAAAAAAACAGAUGAAAUAAGUUAAAAAGAAGACAACACAAACAUAAGAACGAAGGAGAGAGCGAACAGAGCGCGAAGUAGAACAGGCAUUAGGAAAUAGUUAGAAACAAUCUGCCACCUGCAAAAGAUAGGCAUGGGGAGGGGGGGGGGGCGGCCCUGUGUGUGCGUGUAAGUUCAGGAGUUAUGUGCCCACGUACUGGGGAUGUAUGGGCCCAACUCCCCCCCCCCCACCCCCCAAGAUGCAGCAGCAGCAACAGCAGGUAGCAGCCAGAACUCGGGGUCGGGAAACGGACUAAAGUUAAAGGCAAACGUUUUAACAGAUAAGCUUAAGUAAAAAUAUUUAAAUUAUUUAAUGCGAAACUCUGCGAAACCCUCGGGAAGGUGUGGCGGGGUGUGGGAAAUAAUUCCCCCAUGGGAGACACACGAAGGAGAUUGAGUGCGGCGGGCGUGUGAAGAAUGAUUGCAGUGUAGUGUGUACAGUGUGAUUGAGCAAGUAGUGCGUGAUCGUUAAUUGGGAUUUAGAAUGAACGUGUGAAACGGCCCGCCAAAAACGUUUUCUUGCGUCUCAUGAGGCGAAAAAAAAAAUCGGCACACACACAAGGACAGACCGAUUGCACCGGUGAGUCGGUGUACGGUAAAAGGAGGAAGCGUAAUGAAAGUGAUGAUGUGUAAAUUGAAGUUGAACCGAAGUAGGCUUUCGUCCUGACACCGUUGACAAAAGAGGGGGACGGCAGACAAUGCUGUAGACACGUACAAACACACACACUCACCACUGUUUCUUUGAGGCGUGCAGAACACACACUAAACCUAUUGUUUCAUCUUCACUCACUUUCUCUCUCGUCGCUCGCUGGAACUGGAAAUUAGACACAAAAACACACACACACACAGAGACAGUACAGCACUUAAUUAAUAGAAAUCACAGCAGCAGGAGCAACAGCAGACAACACCUAAGAAGACGUCGAU